GUUCAUCUUCGUCUUCAAAUCUCAUAAACUUUGUAGAAGUGACAAGCCGGACUCGGGAAAACUCCGAGUAUCGGCCACUAUCGGCCCCGCUCGAACCGAGGACUUCUCUGCGCCUUCAUUGGUCUACAGUAUCGUGAAAGAGCCCUCAAGAGUAUCACCAUCCCAAAGAAAAUACAUUACUUCGUACGCGACAACUCUAAGAAUUGCUGCCAUGGGCUCUAUCCAGAUCCUUGAUGGCGGGUUGGGGACAUCGCUCGAGGAUAGCUAUGGCGUGAUUUUCGACCACUCGAAGCCCCUCUGGUCGACACACUUUCUUGUCGAGGGAGAGGAUACUCUGUUUGCCUGUCAGCGAGACUUCGUACAAGCGGGAGCAGAUGUAGUUUUGACCGCCACAUAUCAGACAUCCAUUGAAGGAUUCGGACGAACGAAGACCCACGAACAUCCCGAAGGGAUUCCAAAAUCGGCUAUUGGAUCUUAUUUACAGAAAGCUGUGGACAUCUUGGAGAAAGCUACCUCAUACAGCAGUGCAAAGAUUGCUUUGAGCCUCGGGCCCUACGGAGCUUGUAUGAUCCCAGGUCAGGAGUACACUGGAAAGUACGACGACACCCACAACUCAGAGGAGUCACUGUACAGAUGGCAUUUGGAACGACUACAACUCUUCACUGCGAUUGAGGGAUUGCCACAACGGGUUAGUUAUGUUGCCCUUGAGACGAUACCUAGACUAGACGAGUUGAAGGCCGUGCGAAGAGCAGUCCGCGACUCUGGUAUUACUGGCCCAUUUUGGGUCGCGUCUGUCUUCCCCGGAGAUGACGACAAGCUACCAGAUGGUUCAUCCAUUGACGAUGUAGUCGAAGCCAUGAUGAUUCCUACUACCCAAAGCUCUCAACCUUGGGGCAUUGGUAUCAACUGCACCAAGCUUCACAAGAUGCCAAGACUAGUCAAGACAUUUGAGGCAAGCGUGUCAGCCUUGAUAUCUUCCGGACGCAUUCAGUACGCCCCUGCGCUUGUGCUGUAUCCCGACGGGACCAAGGGCGAGGUUUACAACACAACAACUAAAAAGUGGGAGAAACCAGAAGGCCAUGUUGAACAGGAGUCAUGGGCAGCGCAACUUGCCAAUAUUGCGAAGACAUCUCGCGAGAAGGGCAUCUUCAAGGACUAUCUGAUUGGUGGCUGUUGCAAAGCUUCGGCUGCAGAUAUCAAGAGCCUGAAGCAAGAGACAGACGAAAGCGAAUCAAAGUGAAUGCGUCAGUUGCCGUUUCACGAAGUAUAUUUACAAAGCGCCCCAUGUCACCAGAUUCAGCGCAGCGGCCACCUUUAUCGCAUUUGCGAUUGCUUUAUGAACAUGGCAUAUUGCGUCAACCUGCGCUGAGUCGUGCCCUCAAUGUCUGUGCCAUAUGAGAACGCCACUUUAACCCCAGAUCCCUAAAGAUCACACUGAUAAAAAUUGCACUAGACUAGUCGAACAGUCUCGCCCGAGUCACUUCGGGGUUUCCCGUGGGGCGA